UUCCAAAGUUUGGGUAGUAUUAUAUAUCAUAUUUUCACCACGGCGGAAAAGACGGGUGUAACCGAAGGUAUAUUAAUCGGAAAGCACAUAUAGACACUUACCUGAGAUGAGCGUAGAAAAGGCAAUUGCUCAAAUUUCCUAGAUACAGAACAUAACAAGAUGACCACGACGUUUCUCAUUACCGGUUGUAACGGUCUAGUCGGCUUCCCCAUUCUCACUACGGCUCUUGAAGCAGGGCACAAUGUACGGUACGCAGUACGGUCGGAAGACAAGGCUCGGGUGGUUUCUUCGAAUCCUGCCGUCCAGAAACUAGCGCCCGGAGACCGGCUCUCCGCCGUCGUCAUCCCGGACUUCACCGCCGAGGGAGCAUUCGACGACGCUUUUAAAGGGGUCACGCACAUCAUACACACCGGCUCCCCGGUGCUUAUGCCGUGGUAUGAACCUAUCAAGGACAUCUUCGAGCCCACGCGCAAGAUUAGCUCGAGCAUACUCUCCUCCACGCUAAAGACGUCUAGCAUCCAGAGCGUUGUCAUCACCUCGUCCAUUGUGGGAAACCUCGGCCUCGUGCCGCCAGCCCACGUCGUCUCCGCGGCGACCCGCGUACCGCUGCCCGACCCUUUCCCACAGGCCUUGGACACUGGGUACGAGGCAUAUGUACUAGGCAAGGUAGCGGAGCUACACGACACGGACAGGUUCAUCCGUGAGAAAAACCCGCCGUUUAGGGUGGCGCAUGUAAACCCCGGUUAUGUGUAUGGCCGUAACGAGCUCGCGCUUGACAUCAAAGCUAUGACCGAGCACAACAGUUCGAACAAUGCAUUGAUCAAGGGCUUUGUCGGCGGCGAAGUGGGAUGGCCAGUCCACAGGGGUUUCGUACAUGUGGACGACCUGGCAGAGGUGCACUUAAGAGUCGCGCUCCUGGACCCAAAACUCCACCCGGAAGCACCGAGGGAUUUCGGGGUGGCUAUAAGAGUUGAUCAUGCUGACAUAUUCGGUUAUGUCGAGAAAGCAUUUCCAAAGGCUGUACGGGAUGGGGUGUUCAAGAAAGGACAUGUGCCGAUGCUGGAAUUUCAAUGGGACUCAAGUGAUGUAGAGAAGCUGAUGGACGGAAAGUUGAAGAGUUUUGAGACUGCAGUUGUGGAUGUGGCAGCACAGUAUCUCGAGAUAUUGGGUAAGGAGAAGGCAUAAUUUGCUAUCGUUCAACCUAGUAUAUGAAAAUGAUAGGAAACAGGUCGUAAGCACUAGCUCAUCGAAUACUCAAUUUUGUCUAAACAGCGAUGCGUGCGUGUAGGAGCGUCCACUGCAAACAUUACAAGAGGUAGUUAAAGUCUUUUCUAAAAAGCUUACUCACGACUUCACGCCCUUAUAAAGCCAGAGUCAUAGUCGGGAAAUGAGUGACUAGUGGGUAUAUAUUCAGGAGCAAGGACGAAUAAUGAAGAAAGUAACUCUAGU